UUUUAAUCCAAUAUCUGUCAGGAAAAGGAAGAAAUUACAAGGAAAUGUUUUGUAAGAGUCUUAGUAUAUAGAACAAGUAAGAGGAAAUGAAACCAUUAUUAAUUUGAUUGUCUAGAUUGUGAUCUCAUUAUUUGUGUAUUAGACUGAUAGAUAGAUACAUGUACAAAUGUACAUUUCAUUCAAAUAAUAUACACACAUUUACUAUUUAAAAUGGCAUCAAGCAAGUUGUUCCUUGAUACAAUUUCCCAAAUAGAGGAGAAAAAACUACCUCCAAGACUGAAGAGGGAAUUCUUUGUCUGUGAUGAUAAUGACAAGAAUGCUGGACCUGUUAUCAGGGUGAUGCAGUGGAACAUCUUAGCCCAAGCUCUUUGUCAUGGAAGUGAUAAUUUUAUUCUGUGUCCUAAAGAAGCUUUACAUUGGGAAAACAGAAAUUUACGAGUUAUUGAAGAACUUCUACAAUACAGUCCACAAAUACUCUGUCUACAGGAAGUGGAUAAAUUUGAAUUCGUCAAAGAAAAUCUGGGCAAAGUAGGUUUUGAGGGUGUUUUCUUUCCCAAACCUGAUUCACCGUGUUUAGACUUUAAACAUCACACUGGCCCUGACGGAUGUGCUAUUUUUUAUGCCGCUGAUAAAGUAAAGCUGAUCUCACAAAAAAGCAUUGUGUUGGAAGAUGACGGUUUUGAAACAAAUCAAGUCUGUGUUAUUUGUACAUUUGGUGUCAUUGGAAAUGAUCAUACUCCAAAUUUCACAGUAGCAGUCACUCAUCUUAAGGCAAAGACAGGGUUUGAAGAGCUACGUUUUAGUCAGGGAUCAUAUUUAAUUCGUUACUUGGAAAAAAUGGUUAAAAGUAGUCCAGUUAUAGUGUGUGGCGAUUUCAAUGCAGAUCCGAAAGAGAAAGUUUAUGCAGCUUUCAAAGCUUCCGUGUUAGGUCUACAAAGUGCAUAUACCUAUCUUUCCAAAACAAAAUCAGAGCCUGAUUUCACCACAUGGAAAUUCCGUGGAUCCAAGAGAAGUCCAGGCGGACGUGAAGAAUCCUGCAAGACAAUUGACUAUAUUUGGCACUCCAAACAUUUCCAUCCAAAAGGUAUCCUGGAAAUUCCAACCGGAGAAGAUCUAGGGGAGAAUAAACUUCCAUCGCUGGUGUUUCCCUCUGAUCAUUUGUCUCUUGUCUGUGACCUACAACUUACCAGUUAAUGUUAAUGAAUUAUAGGUUCUUUAGAAUAAAGUAGAAUGUGAUCUAAAUUAAAUGUACCAUAAAGUCCCUCCUUCUAACCAGUAGCUUAUUCUAUCUUUUUGUUAGUUAGUAGUUGAUCACAAGAGUUAUUUAAUUCAUUUAUUUAUUGUAAUGUUUGGUAGACACCUACUUAGACUUUCUGUAAUCUUAAAAAAAAAUUGUAUUUAAAAAUUGAAUAGUUUUUUAAACUUUAAUGCAUUUGCUAAUUUCACUUACAAAUGUAUUUCUAAUAAUAACUAUUGACACGCAAAUCCAAAUUGUCAGUCAACUCUUUAAAAAAGUUUUUUCCCUUUAUUGAUAUUUCUACCAAUUUUACAUACCUGCCAAAUUUCCAAAAUGCCCAUGGGGGUUUUGCGUGCAAGAUUGCUGCCAUACUCCUAAAAAACCUUCAAGGGGACUUCAAAAACAGUGUAAUGUUGUUAUUUGGCUUCUUCAUACUUUUAAAAGCCUCAAUUCCUUGUAAAAUUAAAUAUUUUGAUAAAAUUGUGGACAUAAUUGCUCUUAAAAAAUUCCAAUUUGGAAGCCUUUAUGGGGGAAAUCCCCCACAAAUAGUGACAGUUGGCAGGUAUUUUUUUACAUUUUGAAGAAAAACUGCAAAAUAAAACAACAAAACAAAUAGGUAAACCAUUGUAAACAGAGCUGAAAAUUGUCCAUCAACGCCUUAUCAAUUUUUUUUUCUUUAAAACAUAUCAAAUAUUGGUUUCAUUUUAUUGCCUGGGGAAACAUUUAUUUUCCAAAAUACAGUUAAAAGAUUGUUACAUUAUUAUCAUCUCACAUGUACCAAAAUUUUUACUCUUGAGUUUUUAGUAUUUAUACAAGUAUUUGAGAAGGGUAAUUUUAAGGAAAUGUUUCAUUAUUUAAGAUGUACAGAUCAUUACUAUUGUACAUUGGAAUGGUAAUUGUCACAAAUGCUGCCUGUUUGAUAUCCAAAUCCAUGUAUAUUUUAAAAUAAAAGGGUAUAAUUUUAAUUUUCCUUACAAGUCCAGUAUUGUAGGAUUUUUAUCCUAGAAUAAAACUGUUAGAGUAUGUUGAAUACAUAUGUGUUAUGAAUCACUCUCUGUGUUGUUGAGUGAAACAGGGUGAUUUCUAGUGAUUUUGAGUGAUUUAUAAAUAAGUCGAGAGAAAUUAGUUUCAAAGGAACCACUAGAAAAUUCAAUAUUACUAUGGAUUCAUUAUUAUUCAUUGGAUGCCAAUUUUUUGUGGAUUUUGUGGGAAUAGGUGAAUCACGAAAUUAA